CGUAUGGCGUUCAGUUGCAUAGAGGUGGAACAUAAUUGAAGUUAUAAAGCGAGUGGUAUAAUUUAACUUAUUGACGCUAAGUGAAAGUUCCCUAAUUACAAGACUGGUUUGAGAAAAACACUUCAUCAUGUCGGAGACACGGAAAAACCAUCUUACUAUAGAUGGGGGUCAAAUUAAAGAGACGACGGACGAACAUGUCGCCUCUUAUAAACCUAUUCCGGAAUCUGAUGCAGAUUUCCGGACGUCUAAGUCGAGUCUCCACAAGUCCAAGGAGAAGGUUUCAUCCGACGGAGCUGAGGAAAAGCUGUUGCAGAAGGAGGACGAGGCCAAAAUAGUGACCCGAGUAGACAUGGCAGAAGCCAAGUACGUUGUCGGAGAUCACAGGAACGGUGACGCGAAGAUCGAACUCGAUGCUAAUAAGAAGCAAUUCUCCGGCCUAACGAAGGAGGAGCUGAUGAAGUACGCAGAGGACCCGUUCUGGGUGCGUCUGCGCUGGUUCAUGUUCGUGUUGUUCUGGGCGCUGUGGCUGUGCAUGUUGGCGGGCGCCAUCGCCAUCAUCGUCCGCGCGCCCAAAUGUGCGGCGCCGCUACCCAAGACUUGGUAUGAAAAGGGCCCAUUGGUUGACAUGUCUUCCGUAGAAGAUUACCGCGAAGUGGAAUCAGCGUUACCUUUAAUGGAGAAGUCGAAAGUGUCUGGAAUAUUCGCUUUCGUCUGCAAAGAUUCCUACGAGGUCUUGGAUGACCCGACUUGUAUCGAUCAAUUCAAAGAGUUCGUUGCUAAAGCCAAGAAGUUUGGAAUCAAAGUGAUCGCGGACCUGACUGCCAAUUUCGUGUCGAAGACCCACAAGUGGUUCCAGCUGAGCGAGAACCGUUCCUCUGAGUACAGCGAUUACUUCGUCUGGGCCAAAGGUAACGAAUAUGACCCAGAGAAGCCUUCAACACAACCAGAACCACCAAACAAAUGGGUAUCGACAUUGAACGAGCCCGCUUGGACCUGGAGCGAAAAACGCCAGGAGUUCUACUUGCACAUGUACGGGGAGGACCAACCAGACCUGAACUUCACUAACGUGGAUGUAGUGCGUCAGUUCGAUGCCGUUAUCAAGGCAUGGAUGCAGGCUGGCGCUGAUGGGAUCAGACUGCAGCACGCGCGCGAGCUGCACGCGAACAGCUCGCUCGGGGACGAGGUGCCGGCGGGCGGCGGCGGGGCGGGCGGCGCGGGCGGCGCGGACCACACGCAGCGCGCCUUCUGGCGCCUGCGCCACUCCGCCGACCCGCCCGCGCUCGACCUGCUGCUGGCGCACUGGGCGCUGCUGGCGCGCUCCGACGCAGGCGACACGGUGUUCACGAUCGCGGAGUCGGGCGCGCGACCCGAGCUGUUCGUGCUGAAGCGCAACACGAGCGCGCUGCGCCCCCCCGCCGCCGCGCCCCUCCCGCUGCGCGACCCGCGCGCCGCGCUGCCCCUGCUGCGCGCGCGCCUGCCGCGCUGGCCCGCCCUGCAGUUAACUUCCGAGGAUGGUGUAGACGAGGAACUGGCGGCGUUCGCAAUGCUACUGCCGGCAGCGCCAGUAUUGCAGCUACAGCAGCUCGGGAAUAAUGGCACCUCACCCAGCGAGGGCCUGCUGCACGCCGUGUCGCUGCGCGAGGACGCCAGCGUGCAGCACGGGGAGUACGCGCUGGCCGCCGCGCCCACGCACAACUCCAGCCUCACCGUGCUCGUGUGCGUGAGAUGGAAGCGCGGCCACACGGGCUACGUGGCGCUGUACAACGCGGCGGACGAGGCCGUGCGCGCCGACGCGUCCGCCGUGCGCUCGCUGCCCGACGCGCUCGCCGUGCUGCGCGCGCCGCCCGCGCACGAAUAUGUUAAAGACUUGCUGGUGGAGAGUAACGACAUCCUGAUCCCGCCGCGCUCUUCCGUGAUCCUGUCCUACGUCCCAAAGACAGAAGCCGAAAAUUAAAACUUGUAUGUUACGCGUUUGUUCAAGCUAUUCCAUUCCCUUUACGUCGCUUCAGCGACUACCUUGUUUUAUAAUUUGCAUUUACUGUUAUAUUUUGUAUGCGUACAAAUAAAGUUCGAUUGGCAAUGA